AUGAACCGAGUUCCCACCCGUGCAGGCCGUUUCCGUCUCGGGACCAAAGAAAUAUACCUACCGAACUUCACGCUCACCCUCCUUCGCACGCCCGAGCUCCCACCCACCACUGCCUCCUUCGAGGUGCCGCUUAACCUCAACAAGCUUGAUAUCCGGGACUACUUAUGGAACGUGUACGGGGUGCAGGUCCUGGGUGUGCGGAGCUAUAUCCAGCAGCAAAAGGUGCGGCAGGACAAGCCCGGAGCGCAGCGUGUCGCGCAGCGGAAGUGGUACCGGCCGCGCGCGAUCAAGCGCAUGCUGGUUGAGAUGGAGAAGCCGUUUGUGUGGCCAGCCGAGCCGGAAAAUUUUGACCCAUGGGAUAAGAAGACGUUCGAUGCCGCGAAGAAAGACCGCGAGCAGACUUCAGAGGUGUAUAACCCCGAAUACAGACUCAAGCCUGCGCGGGACCGGGAAAGUAUUGCGGAGCAGGCCAAAAGUUUGUUGAAGGGCGAGACUACCUGGCAGUCGGAUCCGUAUUCGACACGUGCACAGAGGAAUGAAUGGGUGGAUGAUGGGGAGCCGGUUGAGGUUGAUCAACAUGUCGAGGUGCCGAAAUUGGAAAAAGUAUGA